GGCGUCACGCCUCUUAUGGUGGCCUCCCAAUUUGGUCGGCGAGAUGUCGUCAAUCUUCUCAUCAACGAGGGAUCCGACAUACACGCGCAGAACCACAAGCUCCAAUCUGCUAUUCAUCUAGCAGCUCAUGGUGGCCAUGCCUCCACUGUACAAACACUAUUGGAUCGCCAGGCUCCACUGAAUGGGCUCACUAACAGGGGCAAGAGUCCCAUCAUCUUCGCCGCAGCUUCUGGCCACACUGAUAUAGUGAACCUUCUUCUGGAACGAGGUGCUGCCAUCGACCUUCAAGAUACUGAUGGCAAGAAUCCACUGUACCACGCUGCCUCCGCAGGCCACAGCGCUGUAGUGGAGAAGGUCCUAGAGUACAAA